UACCAAACCUUCCUCCGCGCCAGUCACAACACCCUCCAUCUUGACCUUGUCCUCAUGCGGAAUCUUAAGUAUCCCGUACAAAGGCUUCAUCACGAAUGGCAAUUCCCCGGGAACCAACCCGGUAGUACUGAUCACCGCCAGCAACGGCUGCCGCCACUCCCCUUCGGCCACUCCACUCUUGAGUUGGCGGAGUCCGGAUAAAAUAGCCUCGCCGGCUUCCUGGCAUACGUGCGGAUUAUCCAAGGUCGGGCGGAACGGGUUAAAGCCGAACUUUGGCACUCCGCCGAUCCCCGAGAUUAUAUACUUCCGGGGGAAGGAGGGAUUCGUUUGCGAGCGGAGUGUAUCGAGGACGGCAGCGGGAGUUUGGACGGUGCCUUCUAUUAUUGUCAAGUUUUCCAGUGUUUCCGCCGAUAGAGUUGAGAGUUGGCUGCGGAGGUGGGAGGGACGACGGGUUACUGGUUGGGUACGGUGAGUUAGUCGAUUUUCCCGGCGGGAAUACACGAUAGGGUGCGGGGGAGGUGAGCGGGGGGGGGCACGGAGACAAACAGGCAGAACACCGACACCCGCUCCCAAGCGCCAACUCCAGCGCCGCAAGCGCGCAUCCGCCGGUAGGGCCA